AUGGAAGUCAUCACCCUUCCCCAUCUGGAGCAGCACCCUUUGAGCGUGUGUCUCUUCCGCAACGUGCAAAAUGCCGCCUUCCUUCGCCAGCAACUACUCCAAGCCAAUCAUGACUUCGAGUAUGCCUUCUUAGACGCCAGCGUGCUCCUGUCGCGCACCCACGUCUUGGCCGCGUGCUUUCGCGCCAUCACCGACGUGCUCCAUGCCCGCCUGAAGAGCCACAAUGUCCAUUCGGAAAUCGUGUUUGCCCUUUCGCCCAAUAAUAAUAUCGCCGACUCGUUCCGACGCUUCGGAAUCUCAGACCAAAGCACCAAUAUCCUCGCCAUCAAAGUAGGCGGCGAUGCCUCGCAGAUCGAAGCACACCUGAUGCAGCACGUUCAGGGCACCCCAGUACUCUUCACAGAUGCCACUCUACAAACCAUGCGUGACCCCGCGCGGAUCCGCAAAAUCUACCGUGUCGAUGUAGCCUCCAAGGAAGCAGAGGCUUUUAUUCUAGGCACAAUGGCACUGAAAGGCUCAUGA